UGCGGCACGGUGGUUCCUGUUGAAAAUGCCGGCGAACGUCGUAUCUCGCUCCUGCUACGUGACCGAAACGUGCUGUCGACUUCCAAAUGAAGUGUCGUGGCUUUACUGGAGGAGUGCCGAAGAGCGCUUGCAGUGUAGCAGCAAGAAGAGAAAGAAUGCGACUGACUCCCAAGGAACUGGAAGGCCUGCUGGUGCACCAGGCGGGGUACCUAGCCCAGAAGCGAUUGGCGCGCGGCCUGCGGCUCAAUCAUCCCGAAGCUGUAGCACUCAUAGCUUGUCAGGUACAAGAGAUGGCCAGGGAUGGACUUACUGUAUGUGAAGCAACAAAGAAAGGACGAGAACUUUUAGGCAGAAAUCAAGUAUUGCCUGGUGUGCCAGAGCUGAUUCCUGAAAUGACUGUCGAAGCGACAUUCACUGAUGGCACAAAGCUUGUGUAUUUGGAGUUUCCAAUCUGCCGACGCAAUGGAGACCUGGAAAGUGCUCUGGAAGGAAGCUUUCUCCCUGUUCCUGAUGUGUCCCUGUUUGAAAAGAGAAAGCCAGACGUCCUUGCAAGAGUUGCACCUUUGUCGCUGGACCAGUUGGAUCAAGAAACAGUCCAGCUGCUGAACAGUGUGCCUGGAAAAAUUUUGCCCUUGGAGCAGGACUCUGACAUCUUAAUUAACGAGGGCCGAACAAUAUACUCUAUCCGUGCAGUCAACACAAGUGAUCGCCCCAUACAGGUUGGCAGUCAUUACCCUUUCAUUGAGACCAACAAGUACCUCGUAUUCGACAGGAGAAAAGCAUACGGAAUGCGACUGAACAUUCCUGCUGGCAUGGCAAUUCGCUUUGAACCAGGAGACGCCAGGAACGUCCCGCUUGUGGAAAUUUCUGGUUCAAAAAUCGUUCGAGGUGGAAACAAUUUAUGUGAUGGUGAAGUCUCAAACAGAAACCUUCCGCUUGUGAUGGAGAGAGUUAGAGCGAGAGGUUUUGGCCACAGAAAGCAGGAGCAAGUGCACGCCUCAAAACCACACAAGAUGUCACGGGCGGACUACAUUGCCAGCUUCGGGCCUACAGUUGGUGACAGGAUUAAACUUGGAGACACAUGUCUGGUGAUCGAAGUUGAAAAAGACUACACGCAUUACGGGGAUGAAGUCAAGUUUGGUGGCGGAAAGGUAAUACGAGACGGCCAGGGGCAAGCAGCUGGUCGCAAUGCAGAGGAAGUUCUCGAUGUUGUCAUUACGAAUGCUGUCAUUGUUGAUGCACUUCUGGGCGUGGUGAAGGCCGACAUUGGAAUCAAGGGAAAUGAGAUUGUUGGCAUCGGGAAAGCAGGGAACCCGGACAUAAUGGCGGGAGUCGACCCAAAGCUCAUCAUAGGGUGCAGCACAGAAGUUGUGGCCGGUGAGGGCCUCAUCGUAACAGCUGGUGCCAUAGACACGCACGUGCACUAUGUAUGCCCUCAACUGGUUGAGCAGGCGAUUGCUGGUGGUAUCACAACCCUGAUUGGUGGUGGCUCAGGGCCAUCGGAAGGGACCCGUGCAACCACAUGUACUUCGGGAGCUGAAAACAUUCGGCUGAAGUUGCAUGAAGACUGGGCUGCUACUCCUGCUGCCAUCGAUGCCUGUCUUCACGUGGCCGACUAUUAUGACAUCCAGGCCAUGAUUCACACAGAUACGCUGAACGAGUCGGGUUGCCUGGAGCAGACCGUAGAGGCAUUUGAUGGAAGAACAAUCCAUGCGUACCAUGCAGAGGGCGCCGGAGGUGGCCACGCACCGGACAUCAUUAGCAUCUGCGGGGAGAUCAACGUCCUUCCCUCGUCAACGAACCCAACCAGACCGUACACAAAGAACACCGUUGAAGAGGCGCUCGACAUGCUCAUCAUCUGCCACCACUUAGACAGGAAUGUCAAGGAAGACUUGGCAUUUGCUGAGUCUCGUAUCAGAGUCGAAACCAUUGCAGCCGAAGAUGUCCUGCAUGACAUUGGCGCCAUCGGCAUCUAUACAUCUGAUGCACUCGCAAUGGGACGAAUUGGCGAAGUCGUGAGCAGGGCCUGGCAGACUGCUGACAAGAUGAAGAUCUGUCGGGGCAAGCUGAAGGAGGACUCACCGAGCAACGACAAUUUCAGAGUCCUCCGGUACCUUGCAAAGUACACCAUCAACCCUGCACUUGCUCAUGGAAUCGACUACUACGUCGGAUCUGUUACGCCUGGCAAGAUUGCUGACCUAGUACUGUGGAAGCCAUCCCUUUUCGGAGCCAAACCCGAGACGGUAAUGAAAGGAGGCCAGAUAAUAUCUGCCCAAAUGGGUGUGGCAAAUGGAUCCAUUCCGGUUUGCGAGCCAAUAAUUAUGAGAGACAUGUAUGGUGCCCGUGGCCUCUCGGUUGGAAAAAACUCCGCUGUCUUUGUAUCCAAGGUCUCCCUGGAGAAGGGCAUAGUUCUCGACUAUGGGAUUAAGAAGAUGCUCCUGCCUGUGUCUGGCUCGAGGAAGCUGAGGAAAACAGACUUCGUACACAACAGCUUGACUCCGAAGCUCUCAGUGAAUCCGGAGACAUACGAUGUCGAGUGGAUAGAAAUUGAAAAUGGCGAAGAAGUAAGAGAACAUUUGACGGUGCCAGCAUCCGACCACAUUCCUCUUGCUCAAAAGUACUUCCUAUUCUGAUGGGAUGUCCUUGGUGGGUGUACAUAUGUAGAUACAUCGCUCCUCAUUGUCAUUCACCUAUCCUGUGGUACAGGAUAGUUUCAACUUACAUUGUGCUCAUCUAUCAGUUAAGUUAACAAAUCCCAUCCAAGCUGUGAUAACAGGUGACAAAAAAAGGCUUGCCUCAGGAAUGCAUCCAUGUUUGACGUGCACGUUGCAUGUUGUUAAAACGUACGUCUGCAUCGUCACCUGUAUGAACAAAACAGCGCAUUUGUGGCCUAUUCGAUCCUGUCAUCAUGAGAUCUGAGUCACAAGCUGUUUGAAUGCUGAUGGCUUGAGUGAAAUGUUUAUAGAGUGGGUCUGUUCACUUGUAACAUAGUCAAUAAAGUGUAUUUGCCACACUGUGGCUAA